GUUAGCAAACAGAAGAGAUGUUUGAUAUUUCAGUGCGACGUUAACAACAGGCUCUCAAUUAUGUCUAAGCAACAUUAUCUUAUCCUGAAAGGUUGCAUCAUAUGGCACAACAAGCAUUUCCCAUCACAUGAAGCAAGAGACAUGAGUUGAAACCCUAAUUAAAAACCAAAAUGCCAUUUUUUAAGCACGGACCUCCAAGCAACAAGACCAUACGAUACAAAUGACUCCACAAGACCUACAAAUCUCGAGCAUCAUCAGAACAGUUUGCAGACAGGCAGGCAGGCAGCUACCACCGCCACCUCCACCAUGUGCCCCACCGUGUCGCUUCCCUCUCGUUGGCCAUCAUGGGCUCCUGCCUCUCCUCCGAGGCCCCCGCCACCGGCGAUGGCCCAGCGGCGUGGCGAAAGAGGCACCACGGGAGCCAGGAGGGCGCGGCCGGCGGAGGUGGGAAGAAGCUGCCCGGAGGAGCGGGGGAGAUGACGGAGGAUGAGCUCGCGUGGGUCCUCGAGAGGUUGUGCGGCAAAGGCGCUAGCGCGGUGGCGAGCCUCCACACGCAGCAGGACCGGAAGGGCACCAACCAGGACGCCAUGGUCGUGUGGGAGGGAGGGGGGACUGCAGAGGGAGCGGAUGCUGGACGAGGAGGGGAUGGACUGGGGCAGCGGUCAUGCGGAGGGGAUAGACGGCGAGAGGAUGGGGCGGAUGCGGCAUGCAGAUGACCCGUGCGCGGCUCGCGGAUGGGACAGAUGGGGUGGUUUGUGCGGG